CGUGUUUAUUUGUUUUUAUUUAUUUAAAAUUAUCUAAGUAAAUAAUGUCAAGUGAAAAUAAAAGUCUCAGUUUAGUUGCUACAAAAAUAAUUAAUAAUGCUUGCAUACUUCAUCAAGGAAAAGAUACUAAUUGUAUUGACAAGCUACGUGGGUUUACUGAAAAUGCGCUUUCGAAAGUGAAGAAUGCUAGUCAGAUUCGACAAGACUUUAAAAUUAUAAGUGUUCUAACUGAUACAUGCCCAACAACUCUCAUGUUUCAUCAAAGAUGUUACGACAAAUACGUACAUAUAAAAACAAUAAGCAAUAUACAACAUAAACAAGGUAGAGCAGAAACAGCCCACGAUAGUGUAUGCGUGGUUGAUAAAUUCACAUCUGAGCGCAGAACCUCAACUCGAAAAAGAGAUAGAUCAGGAAAAAUUAUUGCAGAUAAAGAAUGCUGCAUUUGCUAUCGUAAGAAGACAAAUAAAGAUAGGAAUGGAUAUGAAGCGCUAACAAAGUGCGUAACAGAAAAUGCUGCAAAAACGUUAAAAGAAAAUGCCUUAUGUAAAUCUGAUAUCCCAAGACUCAUGGCUAGCGUAUCGGGCGCAGAGUGGCAAAGUAUUAUCUCCUUAGAGUUACACUAUCAUCGAUCUUGUUAUGUUAACUACACGAGACCCCUUAGAAAUCCUUCUGUUAUUACAGAAAAUACAAUCAUGUCUUUGCUUUUUGACUAUGUAAGAGAGCACAUUUUAAACAAUUUAGAAAUUAUAGAAACAAGCAAACUAAUUGAAUUUUAUAGCGAAAACUGCACAGAUAGAGAAAAAAUUCCAGAUAGCAGGACUUUGCAGGAUUCUGUUGUUGCACAAUUUAAAGGGUCUGUUCAGUUGUGGUCACCAAAAUACGGCUAUUCUUUUUUAUACAACAAUACCAUUGAGAAGGGAAAAAUCAUUGAAGUUCUUUUAAAGAAAAUUGAACGCUUAGAAAAAAAGAAUAAUCCAAAACCAAUCGAACAACUUAUUGAUCAAGUUGCCCAAGAGAUUCGCAAUGAGGUUUUAUCUAUGGAAAAAACAUACUUUGAUUGGCCUCCUAAUGAGGACGAAUUGCUACGAGUCAAGACUAAAAUUCCUCCUCUUCUCCGUCGACUUUUUGCAAAAGUUCUAUUUUGUGCUAGAGUGAGCAACAAAGGGCUUGUAAAAAUAACUUCUCUUUGUGAAGAUGUAAUUUAUAAUAUAACAAACGGCAAUCAUCGAUGCUCUAAACACGUGUUACUUGGCUUAAGUACCAAACGAAAAACUGGGUCAAAGGAAUUGAUCAAAUGGUUAAAUAAAUUAGGACAUGGAAUUUCCUAUGAUGAAGUAAACUAUUUAGAGACAACUCUUGCACAAAAUGCAAUACAAAAUCAAAAUUUAAAAAGUUUUUGCCCUUCUGUUCUCCAGCCCUCAAGAUUCGUGACCUUCGUCUGGGACAACAAUGACAUAAAUCCCGAAACAUUAAACGGAACCUCUAUGCACGUUACUAAUGGCAUUGUUAUUCAGUUACAAAACCAAGUUGAUCAAGUACACAAGGAUCGUGUAAAUGAAAAGGUUACAAGAGACAGAGAAAGAUCUUUUAAAGCAAUUGAAAAUCAGUUGCCGCUGUAUGUCAAGCAUAAUCGCGAAGAACCAGAUCACUUACGUCAUUCAAACGCAAUAUCAAGAGACACUAAGUUACUGGAAGUGUCAGAGAAGUUGGAUUUUUUUUGGACAUUACUAUAUUAUUUUUCUGAUCAUAUCCCUAGUUGGACGGGGUUUAAUUAUCUAAUUACACCUAAAAAGACACCUGAAGAUAUACACACUAUUAGCUAUCUCCCAGCUAUUAACUCAUCGCCUACCAACUUAAACACUGUGCUUGAAGUUCUGCUCCAUUCCAAAGCUAAAGCCGAAAAUCUUGGUCUUACAGAAACUGACGUUGUAGUGGAUCAAGCUAUAUAUGCCAAAGCGGUAGAAAUUCUGAUGAAUCCUAGCUACAUUGAUCUUAAAAGGUUUAUUGUCCUCCGAAUGGGUGUAUUUCAUAUAUCUUGUAUAUUUCUAACUGUUAUUGGUAAAAGGUUUAGUGAUGCAGGAUUGCAAGAUUGGAUAAUUGAAGCUGAAUUAUGUGGUAAAAGUUCUGUGGACCGUAUUUUGAAAGGAAAGCAUUAUAACCGUGCCGUCCGAAUUUAUAAAUACCUGUACAAUGCACUGACACAGUUGAGGAUAAAACAUUUUGAAAGUUGGUUAAUUGAAAACAAUCUUUCUUCAUUGAAUCACUUCGCUUCUUCACCUGAAAUCAUUAACUGUUUAAAGGAGACAAAUUAUGACAAUUUAAAAUUGUUGUUUGAUGAUGACUUCUGCAAAGCUGUAGAUGACCACUCAAACGUGUUAAAAGAUAUAAAAAUUUCCGGACCAACUUCCGCAUUUUGGUUUUCCUUUAUCGAAAUGUUAAAUAUUUUUUUUGCUUUGCUACGUUCAACGAAGGUUGGUAACUGGAAUCUUCAUUUGGAGGCAACACGCCAAAUGAUACCGUGGUUUUUUGCAUAUGAUCAUCCAAAUUAUUCUCGCUACUUAACUUUUUAUUGGACCGAAAUGACUCAACUUCCUAAAACUCAUCCUAGUGUUUAUCAACAAUUUAUGGAUGGAAACUUUUCAGUAAGAAGAACGAGCGGUACAUUUAACAAAAUUCCAUCUGAUCAAUGCAUUGAACAAACAAUCAAUCGCGAUCAGAAAUGCCGCGGGGGAAUAAAAGGUUAUAGUACGUGUGAAGGAACCAUCCAACGCUGGAUACUAACAAGUCAUACCGUUUCAAAAUGCAUCUCAAUUUUGCAAAAUAACUUAGGAAUCACAACUAGAAAACAAUCACCAAAAGAUCUAAAACCAUCAAGAAAAGAUUUCAACAAUGGAUGUGUAGAGAGAGCGUUGAUGCUAAUGAAAAAUUGGGGAAGUCCUUUCAAGCAAAGAGAUUCUUUGGUUAAUAUUUGUUCUGGAAUAGAAGCACCUGAUGAGUUAGAAGAACAUUUAUUGAAUGCACAAUCCAUCGGAGAAACAGAGUUCCAAAAGUUUUUUAAAGAACGCAUUCAAUCUUCGACAGUAUCUUUUUACGCUCCAAUCAAAAUGUGUCGCCUGCAAACAUUUAAAAAUUUGAAUCUGAAAAAAAUUUAUCACGUCAAAGAAAAAUCGUACACAAUCACAUCAGAACGAAGCAUGUUUGGGAGAUUAUUAGUUAUUGCGAAAAGUAGAGAAGGUCUAACUUUGAAACAAAUACUAUGCUAUUCUUUGAGUCCCAUUCCAUGGGCAUUAGGAUUACCUGAUGGUAGCUUUGUGAAAACAAACAAAAUGAAUCUUCUUUGUGCAAUAGAAUCUUCGGUGGAUCGAGAGCACUUUGAAGAAUUUGUUUCACAGGUUCCUCAAAAUGCUGCACAUGUUUUUGAUGGAAUGGCAAUUCUGCAGCAGCUUGCUAACAUAAAGCUCAAAACUUUUGGAGAUAUUUCAGAAUUUAUUUUAAAUCUAAUUCUUAAAGGUUCCACUAUAUAUUUUGUCACUGACCAAUACCAACCAGGAUCAAUAAAAUCAUUCGAACGUGCUCGAAGAAAAAAAUCAGGAUCUCUACAUUUUAAGAUUCAGCGUAGAGAACAAGCAAGACCUAAUCAAUGGCAAAAAUAUAUGCAAGAUGCGGACAACAAGGUCGAUCUUAUUACAUUUCUACUAAACGAUUGGUCACAUACGGAAAUGUUUGCAUUAAAACUCACUGGGUAUAUUCUCUUUGUAAACUUGCAGUCUCGUUUUUAUAAAUUGACAUGUGAGGUUGGUGGUCAGGUUACCAGCGAGGAAGUUGAAUCACUGCACACAAAUCAAGAAGAAGCUGAUACAAAAGUAUUCUUGUGCUCUAAGCACGCAGCAUCUAUUGGCUUUGAUAGCGUUUGCAUUCACACGGUUGAUACAGAUAUUGCUAUUUACGGUUUGUACUUCCAAAAUCAGCUUCCCAUACAUUUUUUUGUGGAUAUUGGCGUUUGUAAUUCAAGACGAAUUCUUGAUAUAAAGAUUAUUGCCUCAAAGCUAGGUACUGAUUGUUGUAAAGCUCUUCUUGCUCUUCAUGCAUUUAGCGGGAACGAUUACACAAGUGCCUUUUACGGGAUCGGUAAGGCAAAGUUUUUCAAACUAAUGAGAGAGUCUGAAGAGUACAAGUCAAUUUUUUCCAAGAUUGGCGACACUUUUACCUUUGAUGCAACCCAUUUUGAGUAUAUAGAGAAGUUUACAUGUCAAUUAUAUGGCUUAAAAUGCAAUAAUACGAAUGAAGGAAGAUACAUAAAGUUUAUUGCCAAGAAAGAAGCUCCGGAACCUCAAAAACUUCCACCUACUCGGGAUUCUCUUAUGUGUCACUGCAAGAGAGUUUCCUAUGUAACAGCAGUUGUUAAACGAUCGUUGGAAGCAAAUCCCGAUAUUCCAAAACCUAAUGGACAUGGGUGGAAAGAAAUUGGCAACCAACUUGAGGUUGAAUGGAUGCUUAUCCCACCUGCCCCAGAAGAUGUUUUGCAGUUAAUUUCCUGCGCAUGUAAAAAGUCAAAAUGUGAAACGCGGGUGUGUAUUUGUCGAUUGCAUGGAUUAAGUUGUACGGAGUUGUGCGGCUGUUCGUAUUGUGAAAACAAAAAUGAUUCUUACGAUAGCUUGACAGAAUAUUCCUCGAGUGAUUCUGAUGCAAGUUCAGAAUUUUCUGAAAUUGAAUAAAUGUGUUUAUUAAAAA